AUGGCCUCCACCAACGUCGCCCAUCUACCACUCUUCUUGCUCCUCCUAUCGCUGCUCAUCACCACCCCGUCCUCGGCGGCAGAAGCGGAGCAGCCAGUACAUGACCUCUUGCUGAGCUUCAAGGCCUCCCUGCACGACCCCGCCGGCGCCCUAGCCUCCUGGUCCAGCUCCACGCCCUACUGCAACUGGCCGCACGUCACCUGCACGGCCGCCGCCGCCGCCGCCACCAACACCUCCUCCGCCACCGUCUCCCUUUCCCUCCAGGUCCUCGGCCUCUCGGGCGACAUCAACGCCUCCGCGCUCUGCCGCGUGCCGGGCCUCGCCGGCCUCAGCCUCGCCGGCAACGCCUUCAACCAGACCGUCCCGCUGCAGCUCUCGCGCUGCGCCUCGCUCGUCUCCCUCAACCUCAGCGCCGGCGCCUUCUGGGGCCCGCUGCCGGAGCAGCUCGCCGCGCUCGCCGGCCUCGCCUCGCUCGACCUCGCCGGCAACGACAUCGAGGGCACGGUGCCGCCGGGCCUCGCCGCGCUGCGGGCGCUCCAGGUGCUCGACCUCCGCGGCAACCGCCUCUCCGGCGUGCUCCACCCGGCGCUGUUCCGGAACCUCACCAGCCUCCACUACCUCGACCUGUCCGGGAACCAGUUCCUCGAGUCCCCGCUGCCGCCGGAGCUCGGCCGCAUGGCCAGCCUCAGGUGGCUCUUCCUGCAGGGCUCCGGGUUCAGCGGCGCCAUCCCCGACACCUUCCUCGGGCUCGAGCAGCUCGAGGCCCUCGAUCUGUCCACGAACAGUUUAACCGGAGCCGUGCCGCCGGGGUUCGGCCUCAAGUUUCAGAAGCUGCUGUCGCUCGAUUUGUCACGGAAUGGCUUCUCCGGGCCGUUCCCGAACGGUGUCCAGAACUGCCUGAUGCUGCAGAGGUUCCAGGUGCAGGGAAACGCCUUCACCGGGGAGCUGCCCGCCGGCCUGUGGUCGCUGCCGGACCUGCAGGUGAUCCGCGCCGAGAACAACCGCUUCUCCGGCCGGCUGCCCGAGCUCCCCGCCGGGGCGUCUCGGCUCGAGCAGGUCCAGGUUGACAACAACAGCCUCUCCGGCGCGAUACCUCGGACCAUCGGCACGAUCCGCACCAUGUACCGCUUCUCCGCCUCCCUGAACCAGCUCAGCGGCACCUUGCCGGACAACCUCUGCGACUCGCCGGCGAUGAGCAUCAUCGACGUCUCCCACAACGCGCUCUCCGGCCCGGUCCCCGAGCUCAGGACCUGCAAGAGGCUGGUGUCGCUGCGCCUCUCCAGCAACGGUUUCACAGGGACGAUACCGGCGUCUCUCGGUGACCUGCCCGUGCUGACCUACAUUGACCUGUCCAGCAACGGCCUCACCGGCGCCAUUCCGGCAGAGCUCCAGAACCUGAAGCUUGCGCUGCUCAACGUCUCGUAUAACCGUCUCUCUGGCCCUGUGCCUCCGCAGCUGGUCUCCGGCCUUCCUGCCGUGUUUCUUGAAGGGAACCCCGGGCUCUGCGGUCCGGGACUGCCGAACGACUGCGAUGCACCAUCGAGAAAGCAUCAGAGGCUAGCAUUGGCCGCAACCGUAGCCUCAUUCGUUACCGGGGCGGCGCUGCUGGCUAUAGGAGCAUUUGCAAUUUGCAGGAGGGUACAAGGCAAGAAAUCAUCCCCAUGGAAGCUGGUGCUCUUUCACCCAAUCAAGGUCACCGGAGAGGAAUUGUUCACCGCAUUCCACGAGAAGAACGUCAUUGGCAGGGGAGCAUUUGGAAAGGUCUAUCUGAUCGAGCUACAAGAUGGGCAAAGAGUAGCAGUAAAGCGGCUGUUCUGUUCAGGCAAGCUAACAUUCAGAGAAGUGAAGAAUGAGAUGAAAGUACUGGCGAAAAUCCGGCACAAGAAUAUUGCAAAGAUCAUAGGCUUCUGCUACUCAGAAGGAGAGGUCAGCGUGAUAUAUGAAUACUUUCAGAAAGGAAGCUUACAAGAUAUGAUCUACGCGCCGAAAUUCACGCUGGGAUGGAACGACAGGCUAAAGGUUGCACUGGGAGUUGCUCAAGGACUGGCGUACCUUCACCAUGAUUAUACUUCUUGCGUGCUCCAUCGUGAUAUGAAGUCGAGCAAUGUUCUUCUUGCUGAUGACCUCGAGCCCAGGGUUGCAGGGUUUGGGAUUCAUCGUGUUGUCGGGGAAAAGGCAUACCGAUCUUCCUUGGAUUCGGAUUUAAAUCACAAGUGCUACAUCGCGCCAGAGCAAAACUUCACCAAGAACCCAACAAACUUCAUGGACGUAUACAGCUUUGGGGUAAUUCUUCUGGAGCUGAUCACCGGGAGGCCGGCAGAGCAGCCGGCGGCCAAGGACUGCUCAGACAUCGUGAGCUGGGUGCGGAGGCGAAUCAACUUGAUCGAUGGCGCGUCACAGAUACUUGAUCCGAGCAUAUCCUGCACCGCCCAACAGGGGAUGCAGGCAGCCCUGGCGCUUGCAGUGCGCUGCACCUCAGUGAAGCCUGAACAGAGACCGGCCAUGUAUGAAGUUGUGCAGUUGCUGCGGGCGUUGUAGCUCAGUGUUCAUCCACCUACACCACCAUAA